AAAUAAAAACGAAGGUCUUUGCGGCGCGAGUUCAACAGUGACAAAUUGUUUUGUCGGGAUAUUGAUAUCGAAAAAACAUACCAAAAUUAAUAAAAUUCCAAAGCAAACUUCCUUUAUAGAACAAAUUGACAUUCAUUAUGAGUCCGACGUAUUUUGUGGCUGGCGGUGUUGCUUCUGUGGGCGCCAUAUGCUUCACCAAUCCACUGGAGAUCGUCAAGAUACGCAUGCAACUGCAGGGCGAAUUAACGGCGCCCGGCACCUACGUCGUCCCCUACAAGAACACUAUACAUGCGCUCGUGACGAUUGUUAAAAACGAAGGUUGGACUGGGUUGCAAAAAGGGCUAGUGCCGGCAAUGCAUUUUCAGUUUAUUUUGAAUUCAAUACGGAUAGGUUUUUACCACACAGCUGUUCGAAAUCAGUGGACUAGCAAUGAAAGCGGUGGAGAAUCCUUUGGCAAGAAUCUGUUAUUAGCCAUAUCAGCUGGGGCUUUGGGAGCCUACCUUUCAAGUCCAUUUUUCAUGAUAAAGACACAAAUGCAGUCGGAAGCUCCAACAAAAGUGGCCGUUGGCUAUCAACAUCACCACACUGGUAUGUACAAUGCGAUGAGAAAGAUUUAUGAGAMGAAYGGAAUUGCCGGAUUGUGGCGUGGUUCCUUCGCCUGCAUACCGCGUGUUACAGUUGCUUCGGGUGCACAAAUUGCGACCUUUGUCGAGAUGAAGGCAUUGCUGCAUGAGCAUAAUUUAGUGGUGCAACCUUCCUUGAAUACARUAUGUGGGGGUUUCUUAGCUGGCUUGAUAGUUUCAAUCACCAUUACACCGCCAGAUGUUAUUGCAACACGUCUCUAUAAUCAGGGUGUGGAUGCGCAAGGUAAAGGUUUGUUCUACAACGGUUGGUGGGAUUGUGCUUCGAAAAUUCUACGAAUGGAGGGUAUUUCUGGACUAUAUAAAGGUUUCUGGACGACUUACAUACGAUUGACUCCGCAAUCAAUAUUGGCUUUACUAUUUUUCGACGAACUAAUUGCUCUAAAAAAUAGGUUGUAGCAUCUAUUUGCCGCUGUUGAAAAUGUUGCAUAGAAUUUUAUAGGUAACAUAUUUYAAUAAAGAGUUAACGA